AUGCCGGGGAUGAGGAUCCUCCUGGGCGUGCUGCUGCUGCUGCUCGGUCUGUCGAGCGGCACCACGGUGUCGGCGGCCGCCGGUGCGCCGGGGCGGUGCACGACGUCGACGCCGGUGAAGGCGUACGCCAAGUGCAUCGCGCUGCCGGCGCAGGGCGCAACGCUGGCGUGGACCUACGACGCGCGCAACGCGACGCUGGACGCGGCCUUCACGGGCUCCUUCAUCUCCCCCUCGGGGUGGGUGGCGUGGGGCGUGAACCAGGACGCGCCGGCCAUGGCCGGCGCGCGCGUGAUCGCCGCCUUCUCCGACCCGUCCACGGGCGCGCUGCUCGCGCUCCCCUUCGUGCUCUCCCCGGACGUGAAGCUGCAGGCCAAGCCCCUGGUGUCCCGCCCGCUCGACAUCCCGCUGCUGGCCUCCUCGGCCACCCUCAUCUCCCCGGCGCGCACCGUCCGGGACGGCGCGUCCGUGACCAUCGCCGCCACCAUCCGCCUCUCCCCGAACCGCACCUCGCUGCACUUCGUCUGGAACCGGGGCCUCUACGUGCAGGGCUACUCCCCGACCAUCCACCCCACCGACGCCUCCGACCUGGCGUCGCACGCCACCGUCGACAUCCUCACCACCGCCACGGAGUCCUCGCCGAUCGCCUCCGCGAAGCUCCAGUGGGCGCACGGCUCCCUCAACGCGCUCUCCUGGGGCCUCCUCCUCCCCAUCGGCGCCGCGCUGGCGCGGUACCUCCGGCCCUGCGCGUCCGCCGGUCCGGCCGCAUGGUUCUACGCGCACGCGGCGACACAGGCGGCCGGGUACCUCCUGGGCGCGGCCGGGUUCGCGCUGGGGAUCGCGAUGGGCGCGGCGUCGCCCGGGGUGACGUACAAGCUGCACCGCGGGCUGGGCAUCGCGGCGGCGACGGCGGGGAGCCUGCAGACGCUGGCGGUGUUCUUCCGGCCCAAGACCACCAACCGGUACCGCAAGUACUGGAAGUCGUACCACCACCUGCUGGGGUACGGCUGCGUGGUGAUCGGCGUCGUCAACGUCUUCCAGGGCUUCGAGGUCAUGGGGCUGGGCGCGUCCUACUGGAAGCUCGGCUACUGCAUGGCGCUGGCGACGCUCAUCGGCGGGUGCGUGGCGCUGGAGGUGAACGCGUGGGUGGUCUUCUGCAGGAGGCAGCAGGAGGAGAAGCUCAUGAGGAGGGAGGUCGACGACGUCGUCGUCAAGGACAGGGCCGCCGCAUUCUAG